AUGACUUCCACCACCGCCGCCCCCAAACCGCCUCGGCCAUGGUGGCAUUUACUGCCCCUCACAACCAUCAUUCUCUUCUUGUUGGGUUCUCAGAUCUGUGCUGUUUCAGCAGCAGAAAAUGGCAUUGAUUUGAGUCUAAAGAAACUCAAAUUUGAAAACCCAAGUCUUGCACAAGCCUACACUGCAUUACAAGCAUGGAAACUAGCCAUUUUCUCUGAUCCAUUCAACUUCACUGCAAACUGGAUAGGCCCUAAUGUUUGCUCCUAUGGAGGAGUGUAUUGUGCAGCAUCUACGCGCAAUGCAUCGUACAACGUUGUGGCUGGUAUUGAUCUCAACCACGGUGACAUAGCCGGGUACCUCCCGGAUGAGCUCGGGUUAUUAACCGAUCUUGCGCUCUUCCACAUUAACUCUAACCGGUUUUGUGGCGUAGUCCCCGGGAGUUUCAACAAAUUGAAGCUCCUUUUUGAGCUCGAUCUUAGUAACAAUCGCUUUGUAGGGGGUUUUCCUGAAGUAGUACUCUCAUUGCCUUCAUUGAAAUUCUUGGACUUGAGGUUCAAUGAAUUCGAGGGCCCUGUCCCGAACAGGCUUUUCGACAAGGAGUUGGAUGCGGUUUUUCUUAACGAUAAUAGGUUCCGGUUUGGCAUACCAGAGAAUCUCGGGAAUUCGCCCGUGUCUGUUUUAGUGUUGGCCAAUAAUAACCUCGGAGGUUGUAUACCAGGCAGCAUUGGUAAAAUGGAGAAUACUUUGAAUGAGCUGAUAUUGUUGAAUGAUAAUUUAACUGGCUGCUUGCCUCCACAGAUGGGAAUGCUGAGAAAUCUAACUGUGUUUGAUGUUAGUUUUAACAACCUCCAAGGUCCUUUGCCAUCGGAGAUUAGUCAAAUGAGGAGCCUCGAGCAGCUAGAUGUGGCACACAACCGCCUCACGGGGGAGGUGCCGGCUGCCGUCUGCCAGCUUCCCAGGCUGCAAAACUUCACGUAUUCGUUCAAUUACUUCACCAAAGAGGCACCACAAUGCGCGAGAUUUGGGGGCGGAAAAGUGUCAGAUGGGCGAAAGAAUUGUAUUUCAGGAAAGAAUGAUCAAAGGUCUGUUAAAGAGUGUUCUGGUGAUGAUGCUAAGCCAUUUGAUUGUAGCAAGUCGAAGUGCGGCGGCGGUGCACCAAAGCCAAUCAGAAGGCCACCGGUUUCACAAAAGCCACCAUCGCCAAAGCCAGGUAACGGGCCGCAGCCGUUUAAUACGCCACCACCACCUACAUCAAGGUCUUCACCAAGUACAAAAUCACACCCUCCACCUCCAACGAAGUCCUUCAACGCGCCGCCAUCUCCUCCGCCACCCACCCACAAAGUGUCUCCGGGGACUCAUCUGUGGCCACCACCUCCCCCAGUUCAGCAUGAGAAACCCUCUAAGCAUGCACAUCCACCAUCACCACCACCACCAACUUAUGAACUUGUGACACCAUCGCCGCCAUUCCCGUCUCCUCCACCACCAGUGUCCUUUGAGCCCACUACUCCGCCACCCCCACAGCCUCAGAGCUCAACUCCACCGCCCCCACCACCAACACCAACACAUUAUGGUUACACUCCGCCACCGCCUGAGAGCUCAACUCCUACCUAUCAACCUAAAUCACCUCCACCGCCACCAACUCAUCACGGUUACCUUCCUUCUCCACCGCCGGAACACCAGCAUUCAAUUCCACCAGCUCCGUCACCAUCAGGGUAUUCCCCAUCACAUCCUCAUUCCCCACCAUCACCCUCCGGCGGCUGCUAUGAACCACCCCCAGCGCCACCAACAUAUGCACAUUCAUCACCCCCACCAUACGCCCACUCAUCGCCUCCGCCACCCUCUCCACCACCGCCACAUUACGUUUACUCAUCCCCUCCGCCACCCUAUCCAUCACCACCACCGCCACAUUACGUGUAUUCGUCACCUCCGCCACCCUAUCCAUCGCCACCUCCACCGCCAGUGUUCAAAAACAUUCCACUACCACCCAUAAGAGGAGUCUCCUACGCAUCUCCUCCACCCCCUGCCAUUCCAUACUACUGA